CUCAGUUGGCGUCGGACGCAAUUGCGGAGGCUUAGAAACAUGGAGGCGGCGGGUGCUGGGGCUGGGCAGCCGUCGUCUCCUCUGGAGGCUCCGGAAUCUACAGACGAUCGGCUUUUCCUGAUUAAAGGUGGAGUUUUCCUUGGUACUGUUGCUGCAGCAGGAAUGGUAGCCGGAUUUGUUACAACAUUAUCAUUGGCUAAAAAGAAAAGCCCUGAAUGGUUCAACAAGGGAAGUAUGGCCACGGCUGCCUUACCAGAGAGCGGGUCUAUCCUUGCCUUGCGAGCCUUGGGUUGGGGCUCACUUUAUGCGUGGUGUGGGGUUGGUGUGAUCAGCUUCGCAGUCUGGAAAGCUUUAGGAGUACACAGUAUGAAAGACUUUCGAAGUGAAAUGCAAUCAAUAUUUCCAACAAUUCCCAAGAACUCCGAAUCGACUCUUGAGUGGGAGGAAGCAUUGAAAUCCAAAUGAGAUAAGCACGGUGAGGGAAGUCUAAAACGAUUGUUUUGGAAAGGGUGGCUUCAGAGAUGCCACAGAAGCAAAGGGCCUCGAUUGAUUUAUCAUCAGGAACAUGUGCAUUGUUGACUGAAUUCAUGGGAUAGAAGGCGCUCAGCGUCCACAGAGGAGGCCGCCAGUCUGUGCGCUUUACUUUAAAAUUCACACGGGCAUGCGUGUGCCUAAGGUUUUCCCAAAAUUGGGAAGACUAUUUAAAAAUAAUCAUAUGGGUAACCUCUCUGUGGAGAAGAUCCCAGGGGAAGUACGUCUGUUUAUAACAGCUGAAGCCAAGUUUUGUACCUGAAAAAAUGUAUAAUAACAUGUGAUGGAAAAUCUUUAUAGACAGACUCCUAACCACACUAGUACCUCAAUGUGUCUAAUUAAAUGAGUUUCAACAGCG